GGAAAUGAUUGUUCCACGGACUUACCAGUCAUUUGCGGGGAGUAGCGGAAUUGGUGAAGAAUCCCGGAGCUAAUCAACAGAGCGAGUUCCUUGAUGCCAUGCUGGCAAUAUUGAUGGCCAGUUGAGAAUACGAUGGGCGCUAUUUAUCUGGAGAGCUCGGAGGCAGAAAAUACCUGUGCUCUCGUUUGGAAGCAACCUCAAAUCUCCAGACAUGCAUUACGACCGUAUUUCUGGUCCCUUUCAAUUUCUAGAAGAGCCGCACGUCCAUCGAUUUUCUUCUGAUUGGUUCCCUCUUCCUCGUACUUCUAAGUGACACAACUCGCCUCUGAGGUUACUUUGAGGCGUUGGUGGGGGACAAGACCGUUGGAGAUCAGAAAUUCUCUCCACUGGUCACUGAGUGGAGCUCAUCAAAGUCCUUUGGAGAGCGGAAAAGUGGUGGGACGUAAGAUGGUAGCACUGAAGUCGGGCCAAAGUGAAUGGUGGCAGGUACGGAGAUGUAGAAGUAGUUGUAAGAAGACAACAUGGUAGCAGCACUAUCGCCGUUCAUCCGAUCAGAUCAGCAUCAUCCGCACUGGGAUGGCCUCAGAUGACUAUCAACUUCUAAAAACAGCUGGAUGAUCACGGAGAGGUUUGUAUAUUUACCUCCGCAACUUGACCAAGCUUUAGGUGCUUCAGUGCUUCACCAACGAGCAACACUAGCUCGCUUGGGAUUCCCCUGCCAAGGCCACGAAGACGGAGGGGCGACUGCCCAGUUGCCCUGCGGUGUCUGCAGUGUCUGCAGUGUCUGCAGUGCCUGCACUCUUUCCCCAUCAAAGCACGCGACCCACAAUCCCAUCCACCUGCCUCUACACGGAAAGCCAAACCUUGGCCUAUAGGCAGUCAGGCAUCAGCUCCACUCUGCACCGUAACUUUACUCCGUACGGACUCUCACUCUCCUUCACCUGCUCACAUCAAAAACCUUCCUUCAUCCACAUUCCAAACUUCAACCCUUCGUUACGGACCAGGAGAGUCGACAAGACACCACACUCAUUUUCGUUGUGCCGUCCCCAGUCAAGUCGUACCCGAACAUCCUGAUUGUCCUAACGACGAGGCCAAAUUACACUCAUUCAUUCCCACAAAAAACCACAUCGGGCGACGUCAACGGGUAAACAGGUACAGGAAGGUCAAGCAAGGAACUUGGUUGAGGUCAAAGUCGCUUGGGACUUAACACCCUUCCACCCCCACGACCAACACCACACCACACCACAACACCACUGACUGAGAUCCUACCCACCAAUUAUCUUACUCCUAAGAUGCGCAACAUGGCGGUAACACAGCGGCCAUCCACGCCCAUUCUCUCUUUGCUUCUCGCCUGGUUAGCUUUUGUGGUCUCGCCCGUUCUCGGAGCCUGUGAAUGUGGCUAUACGGCCACCGUCAAGACCGCCCAGCCUUCGACCUACGUAUUCACAGACAUUAUAGAAUCAGACUUUUUUCACAUCAACGAUGUCACCAAAGAUACUGAUUGGGUUAGACAGCGCUUCAAUCAAACUCCAGAGGCGGGCCGUGGUCCUCAUGGUAUGUAGGGGAAACUUUCAAUCUCAUCGCCGUCCUGUGUGUGCCCCGGUAUAUACUAACAGAUCGGUGCUUAGGAAUCAACUAUACCCUUGGACAAACCUUUUCCAACCCAAUUCCCGACCACGCCAAUUGGACUGGCCCAGGCAAAUUUGGUGGUGAUCCAGGAAUGCGACUUGAGGUUGAAGGCGGUAUUCCAGCAGACAACUACGUCAAAACCUCUCAAAUUGUCUCCAACCGCACUGAUCUGAUAUGGGGUUCCUACCGUGCCUCAAUCAAGCUCUCUCCAGUUGCGGGAACAUGCGCGGCCUUCUUUUGGGUAUGCUUACCAAAAAAACACUCCUUGUGGAUGGACACCCUCGCUGAUACCUAACCUAGUACUUCAACAACAGUCAGGAAAUCGAUAUGGAGUUCUUGUCCUCCCAGUUUAACGCAGACAACGGCUCAUUCCCUGUCAACCUUGUGUUGCAAUCAGAAAAAUCCGCCAAGAAUGGAUUUAAUGCUGCAGGCACCGACAGCUAUGUCGUCGCAAACCUCCCUUUCAACCCAACCACUGGUUUCCACGAGUACCGAUUCGAUUACGUCCCCGGUCACAUUCUCUUCUAUGCUGAUGGAACCGUUUUGGCCAACUUCAACACAUCUAGCUCUACUCCAUUCGAGCCUGGCCAUUUGAUUCUUACCCACUGGAGCAAUGGCAAUCCUCUUUGGUCGGCCGGACCCCCUGUAUCCAAUGCCACCAUGUCGGUGGGCUACGUCAAGUCAUACUUCAAUUCCUCAUCACCCGACCGUCAGAGUAGUUAUACAAAAAGAUGCAAGGAUCCGGCUGCAGCGGGAGCAAUUUGCCCCAUCCCCGAACAAAACUCUUUGCCGGAUCCAUCCGUUGCCGUUGGUAAUACAACUGCCGCCAACACAUUUUUCUUCAGCGACGAUCCUUCGCAAUCCGCCAACCAGGUUGUCUACAAGAAGAGUGCAGGCUCAAGGGUGGCAUCUACAAACUCUUUGUUGAUGUCUACUUUCAUGCUGAUGGGACUGAGCUUUGGCGGCCUGUUGAUUUUCUGAGCAACUGCAAUUUCGAUGAUUUUCCCACACCAUCUUUUGAUUAUUCGCACCCCUUGUAUUGUAUCACGAAUGGUCGGUAAUUGGGUGGAAGCCCCGCUGACGCCCUCGAUUCCUCAACGCAACGCAAGAUUGAUAAUUUUGAAGAAAGAGUUUUUAUAAUGUUUUGGUCUUUCUCGAAAUUUUUGAUUGGGUUUGUUAUUUUCUCAACCAUGCAUGGAAGAUACCAACGGAGGCGUUUUUUUUGUUUUUUUGUUCUUGCGAGAGACUUAUGUGAACGGCGUAUGGGCGGGGGUUGUGUGCAAUGGCAUACCAAACAGAAACUACCAAAGGGAUGGGAUUGAAAUUCUUGCUAGCGUCUUGUGUUUUUUCCCAACUCACUCUUUUUUUCUCUAGUACAUAUAAAGAUACCCAAAGUCAGUGGGAGAGUUUUGGAGAGAAGGAACGGAUCGAAUGCAGCAGAGGAGGGCAGAGCAGAGCGUUGUUUGUAUGGUCGACUCGAUUCGAACCGUGGAUUUUACAAUUUUUUUUGAUGACGAUUGCGGGGAUUUGAGGCGACAGACGAAUGAUUUGUAGAUGAAACAAUACAUCAAAUAAUACAAAUCUCAAUUCGGUUCAUAGGCGCCUUGUGUGACACUACGAGAAUGUGGC